AUGAUCCAGCAGCUUAACACCAUUCUGCCUUGCCAAGACCAGUACUUUGUAGGAGACCAGAGCUAUAAUUGUGCGUAUUCCACUACAACUUCAGAAUCUAGUGUUGACGUUUCCACGGAUACUUGGGUCUCUUUCUGGGCUGCUGGUCUCCUGGACAACAGAGAGCCCCAACAAGCACCACAGGCACAGGAAUCAUCCCAGGGCUCAAAUUUUCCUAUUCUGGACUCAUGUUCAUGGGAAGAGGCACAACUUUCCUCUCAACUGUACAGAAAUAAACAGCUCCAGGAUACUCUGGUACAGAAGGAGGAAGAACUAGCUCGGUUACAUGAAGAGAACAAUCACCUCAGGCAAUACCUGAAUUCUGCUUUGGUUAAAUGUCUUGAAGAAAAGGCUAAGAAAUUGCUGUCGUUCGAUGAGUUCUCCAAAGUAUGUGGAAAAUUCAGAAAGGGGAAGAGGAAACCCAAAGAGAAAAGAUAUCCUCCUGCUGAAAUUCCCCAUCCCAAAAAUGCCAAGAGAAAUCUCUCUAGUGAAUUUGCUAACUGUGAAGACCAAGCUGGGCCCCCGGUGGAUCCCUGGGUCCUUCAAACACUUGGUUUAAAAGACCUCAACACCAUCGAUGACACCUUGUCAGCUAACUACAGUGCCCUGUCCUCUGAGCCCAGAAGAGUCUCCAGCACAUUUUCUCACUUUCCAGAUGAUGGAGUUGAUUAUGAAAAUGUCCCCAGGGAGGAUCUGAUGAUUGACUAUGGGGGUGACAGAACAGCCUCCUUACAUGACACUGCCAUUCAUGUGGGAGAUUUUCACUCCCUCUCUCAACUUUCAAAUCCCCCAGUGGGGCUGCAAAAUCUUCCUUACUAUACUGCUAAUGUGUCACAGAACAAGACAGAGAUGGCCUUUUCCACAUCCCUGAGCCCUCACUGUAACGUGAAAACUCAUUCCUUCCACCAGGGACAAGCUUUUGUGCGUCGAGAUGAGGAGGGAGGCUGGAAGUUUACAUGGGUCCCUAAGCAGUCUUAGUGAUCCUUCCAUCACAAAGCACUGCCGAGAAUUCUGUUUACAAAGACCCGGCUUGCACUUGUUCCUGACUAUGGUGGAACACAGAAGCUAUUCCUUAGACCGUCUCCUGCCACUUUAAACAUCAUUCCAAUUGCCCACUUACAUCUGCGGGGAAUGGCUUCCAAGAAUCCAU